AUGGUGUACCAUCUACGUCGCAUCUCUUUUAUUCUCCUUGCCAUUUUAAUCAUUAGCCUUCUGUCAUGGCUGGUACCACGGGUCCUUAAUCCGACACCUCCGAAUGAAGAGCAGCGCAAAGCCAACUCUCGUUGGGUCAGUACGUCGCCGUACUGGUUAGACAGGCAGGCCUGUCGCUGGCUGAGCUUGUGCGGUAUACUGCAUGUGAGAUCGGAUCCACCGGCUCUUGCGGACGGAGACAAUCAAAAAGAUAGAGGGGAUCUGAGGAGAUUGGAAUUGCGGUUCAUUGGCCUGGAGCAAAGGGCCGAGGAUUCAAGAGUCGACAAAGGUGUUACGCAGGGUCCGAAGACGGCGGCGCAUCAGGAAAGGCUCAGAAAGAUACCCGACUAUGUACUGAAGUAUGCGCCGCUUGUCCAUCUGUACUCGGGCGAAAACUUUUGGCCAUCGGACAUUGCAGACCACAUUCAACACAUGACACCAUAUGCUGGAGACGACAAACUCAAUGUCACAGACCCCCUUAGUUUGGGCGCACUCCAUGGGCUGGACUCGGAGGAAGGCGUCGUCUAUCUUACAAGCAAUGAUAACGUCGAGUCUAGGCCGAAAUGGCUCCAUAGCCGCGCAAACAUCCCGUUGCCCUAUCAAGACAACGGUGACGACUUCUUACCACCGGCUGAACCAGAAGGGUCGCGCCGUCUGCCUGAUGGCACUACGUGGGAAGAAGUAGAUAGAGAUCAUCCGCUGCAAAGGAUAUCGGAUCCUCGAGAACGCAACGGUCGCUACCCCCCACCAAGAUCGCGAGGGCCCCGCUCAAAGCGCUCAGUGGAGAGCCAGGCGAUUUUGGGGGAUACGCCGCAACAUAAGCCAGACGAGUCGGGAUAUUCCAAAGCACCUGCCACGCUAGUUCUUGUGGACAAAGGGUCGGGGAUUGUCGACGCAUUCUGGUUCUUCUUCUAUGCCUACAACCUCGGCCAAACAGUCGCUCGGAUCCGGUUCGGUAACCACGUGGGUGACUGGGAACACUGCAUGGUCCGCUUUGAGUCAGGAAUGCCGCGUGCAAUGUUCUUCAGCGAACAUGAAGGCGGACAAGCAUAUGCUUGGCAGGCAAUAGAAAAGCGUGGGAACAUAAGUGAGAUCCAGCGGCCUGUGAUUUAUAGCGCUGUCGGCAGCCAUGCCAUGUACGCUAUGCCUGGCGAUCACCCUUAUGUUCUUCCAUUCAAGAUGCUGAAGGAUCAAACCGAUCGUGGUCCCUUGUGGGAUCCUGCUCAGAACUUUAGAGGUUACUGGUAUGACUACACUGAGACAAGGGACGGGGAGGGUUUGGAGCCUGUCAAAGAAAACCCAGACGCCCCAACGAAUUGGUUUCACUAUGAGGGCCCCUGGGGUGAUAAGCUCUACGGUCUGAAUGAUGCGCGCCAAUGGAGAUUGUUUGGGCAAUAUCACUACGUGACCGGUCCUGUAGGUCCAAAAUUCAAGAAUUUGGGACGGGAGAGAGUCUGCCAGAACUGGAGAUGUCGUAUACUGUAUAGUAUAGCAGAAGGUAGAAAGAAGAGUUGGAGCUCAUGA